AGCUGACUAGUAACAAAUGGCCACUGAAGUCUAGUGUUGUGAGAAGCAAAGAAGGCAAACAGAGAGGGAGGAAGGAACCCAAAAAUCGAAUAACACCAACCAUCCACCCACCCACUCAUCCUCCUCCUCUUAUCCUCCUUCUUGGACACCGUCGUCAUCAUGGCCUUUAAAGCGGUGAACCUUUUUCGGGCCAUGGGUCGGACCAGUGCUUGGCCCGUUGUAGCCGCAUCGCGCUCAACAGACCGUUCAAUGCCCGUGCUCGCCCGGACCUUGGCGACCGAAGCACCUGAAGCUCCCCAAGAGGAAACCCGACCGACGGUCCGCAAGUUUGACCCGAUUCAACGCUCGAAUUUGAUGGAUUACGGCCAAUAUGUGGCUGAGUGCUUGCCCAAGUUCGUCCAAAAGGUUCAGCUCACGGCGGGUGAUGAGUUGGAGGUCCUCAUUGCUCCCGAGGGCGUCCUCACGGUCAUGACGUUCCUAAAGAACCAUCACAAUGCCCAAUUCACUAACUUAGUCGACAUCGCCGGAGUGGACAUGCCCACCCGAGAAUUUCGAUUCGAGGUCGUGUACAAUUUCCUAUCCUUGAGAUUCAACAGCCGCAUCCGGGUGAAAACUUACACGGACGAGAUGACUCCAAUUGAGUCCAUCUGCUCGAUCUUCCCGGCUGCCAAUUGGUAUGAGCGUGAGGUCUUUGACAUGUUUGGCGUUUUCUUCGUGAAUCAUCCGGACCUGCGACGAAUCCUCACCGAUUAUGGCUUCGAAGGUCAUCCUCUUCGGAAGGAUUUCCCGCUUUCCGGAUAUUUGGAGUGCCGAUAUGAUGACGAGUUGGCUCGUGUAGUUUACGAGCCCGUGGAGUUGGCUCAGGAAUAUCGCAAAUUCGAUUUGGCCGCCCCUUGGGAACAGUUCCCCAAUUUCCGAGAAAGCGUUCCUGCAGUAGAAGAUGUGCCCCUGGAAAAGGGUGAACCUGAGAAGACGAAAUGAGGCGGGACAGAGAGAUCUUUAUUGUUCGUUGUAACACUACCUUAAUUAUGGAAUAAAUAUGACCAGGUGUCCGUUUCGGGA